AUGUCGCGAAAAAGCUCUUCCUCGCUUGAGCCGAAACAAUUAUCGGUUACGGUUGUCGAGGAGACGCCAUUUCCAACCAAAAUACAAAAUGGAACAAGUGGAGUGGUGGCUGCUGGUGGCUCAAUGGAGUUUUAUAAGCCUAUUGAUAAAUAUGAAGGGAAGCACAGGUAUGACCCAACUGCUGAAUGGACAGAAAAGGAAGAGAAGAAAUUAGUCCGAAGGCUCGACUACAAGAUCUGCUCUUGGGUCGGCUUAAUGUUUUUUGCCCUCCAGCUCGAUCGUGGUAAUAUCGGACAGGCGCUAUCAGAUGGAAUGCUUGAUGACCUCAAACUAACAACCAACCAAUAUAAUUACGGCAUGACGAUAUUCUAUCUUUGCUUCCUGUGCGCAGAAGUACCAUCGCAGAUGAUCUCGAAAAAGCUCGGCCCCGACAGAUGGAUUCCCAUUCAAAUGGUUCUGUGGAGCGUCGUUGGAGUUUGCCAAGGCGUUAUCACCGGAGAGAAAAGCUUCUAUGCCACCCGAGCCCUACUUGGCAUCAUUGAAGGUGGCUUUAUCCCCGAUGCACUCCUCUACCUAUCAUACUUCUACACAAACAAGGAGAUGCCAAUGCGAGUUGCCGUUUUCUACUGUUUCUCCAACGCGACCUCUAUAGUCGCGGCGUUCCUGGCAUUUGGUAUUCUUCGCAUGCGAGACAUUGGGGGCUGGGAAGGUUGGAGGUGGUUGUUCGCUCUAGAGGGCGCUUUGACAUUCAUUAUUGGUAUCAUCUCUUGGUUUUAUUUACCUCCUAGUCCGACUGAAACUGCAAGUUGGUUUCGAGGCAAGGAUGGUUGGUUCACGGAGAGAGAGGAGGUCAUUAUGGUCAAUCGAGUCUUGCGAGAUGAUCCAGCAAAGGGCGGGAUGCAUAAUCGCCAAGGUCUUACACCAAAACUCCUAUGGCAAUCUCUUAUGGACUACGAUCUUUGGCCAAUGUAUCUAAUGAGCCUUACGCUGCUCAUUCCUGUCACCCCCGAAAGUGCCUAUUUGACGCUAUUUUUGAGGUCCCUUGGCUUCGAUACAUUUGAGGUCAAUCUUCUGACCAUUCCUGGAACCGUGCUAUUUUUGUUUCAACUGGUGUUUUGGUCAUGGGUGUCUGAAAAGAUCAACAACCGCAUGGCCAUUGUGUUGUUCUACUCCCUUUGGGUCUUCCCUCUUUUGAUGGCGCUGGAACUGAUGCCAUUGACCGCAAGUGCUUGGAGUUGGUAUGCAGUUACAGUGCUGAUUAUUGGUUUCCCAUAUAUCCACUCUAUCAACGUCAGCUUGAUCUCACGGAAUUCCGGUUCUGUGCGGACGCGCACUGUGGGAAGUGCAGUAUAUAACAUGAUUGGCCAAGCAGGCGCGAUCAUCUCUUCCAAUAUAUAUCGGACUAAUGACAAACCUUUCUACCGGACAGGAAACAAGAUUCUCCUUGCAAUUCUGGGCUGGAAUGUUGUGAUGACCGUCUUUGUCAAAAGUUACUACAUUUGGAGAAACAAAACGCGCGAAGAGACAUGGAAUGCUAUGAGUCCCGAGCAAAAGCACCAUUACCUGAGCACGACGAAAGAUGAGGGAAAUAAACGUCUGGACUUCCGUUUUUCUCACUAG